CUUUGGGGGGCGGCGGGGCCCGGGCAUUCGCGGGUGUUUUGUGGGGUCGUAGCGGGGAGAGCGGCAACCGUGGGCGGACAAGCAGCGCAGCCGCCGUCAUGCCGUUCCUGCACGGCUUCCGAAGGAUCAUCUUCGAGUACCAGCCUCUGGUGGACGCCAUCCUGGGCGCCCUGGGCAUCCAGGACCCCGAGCGGCAGGAGCCCCCGGACGGGCCGGACGGUGCGGCCAGCGAAGAGGGUCGCCUGUGCGUCUUGACGGAGCUGCUGGCGCGCAAAGCACACUCUCCAUUCUACCAAGAAGGCGUGAGCAACGCGCUGCUCAAGAUGGCUGAGCUGGGGCUCACGCGGGCAGCCGACGUCCUCCUGCGGCACGGGGCCAACCUCAACUUCGAAGACCCGGUCACCUACUACACAGCCCUGCACAUCGCUGUGCUGCGGAAUCAGCCCGACAUGGUGGAGCUGCUCGUGCGCCAUGGCGCCAACAUUAACCGCAGGGACCGGAUCCAUGAGAGUAGCCCCCUGGACCUGGCCAGCGAGGAGCCAGAGCGCCUGCCCUGCCUGCAGCGGUUGCUGCAGCUGGGCGCUGAUGUCAAUGCAGCUGACAAGCAUGGCAAGACUGCUCUGCUCCACGCACUGGCCAGCAGCGACGGGGUGCAGAUCCACAAUACAGAGAACAUCCGGCUGCUGCUGGAGGGAGGGGCCGACGUCAAGGCCACCACCAAGGACGGUGACACCGUGUUCACCUGCAUCAUCUUCCUGCUGGAGGAGACGGUGUGCGGGGACAUAGAGGAGGCCCCCAUGAUCCAGCGCUUCUGCUUCCAAGUCACACAGCUGCUGCUGGCCCACGGCGCCGACCCCAGCAGGUGCCCUGCCCACGAGGCCCUCACCUACGUCUGCCUCAAGAGCUUCCAGCUACACUUCCCCCUGCUGCGCUUCCUGCUCGAGUCGGGCGCUGCCUACAACUGCUCUGUCCAUGGACCGGGCUGCUGGUCGGGCUUCCACACCAUCUUCGAGCGCCUCUGCUCCCACCCCGACUGCCCCGAGGACAACAGCCACGCUGACCUGCUGCGCAAGGCCGAGACUGUCCUGGACCUCAUGGUGACCAACUCCCGGAAGCUCCAGCUGCCCGAGAACUUUGACGUCCACCCGGAGGGCAGCCUGGCAGGCAAGAUCCAGGCCCUGCAUGGCUCCCUGCGGCAGCUCGAGAGCUACCCCCCGCCCCUCAAGCACCUGUGCCGGGUGCACAUCCGCCUGCACCUGCAGCCGUGGCCGGUGGACGCCAAGGUGCAGGCCCUGCCACUGCCGGACCGGCUCAAGUGGUACCUGGUCAGCGAGCACAGCGGCCCCACACAGGAGGAUGCCUGACGGUCUAGGCUGCAGGAACCAGGCUGGGGCGGCUCCAUGGGCACGGGACACCCUGUGGUGGGCCCAUGGAUCUGAGAGAACACACUGAAGCUGACCGGGGGUGGUCCCUUGGGCAGGAACACUGAGGCCGGGCCUUCCCUCCCCAUCGGCAGAUCCACAAGUUGGGUUAGAGGGGACAGGGCUUUGCCCUGGAGACCAUUCCAGGCCCCCACGGUGGGAGGGGAGCUGUCCAUCUGCCUACCUGAGGUCCCUGCUGGUGCCAGCAGGAAGCCAGGCACAGCCUGUAGGGCCACACACAGGUUUGCUGCACGAGCCAAGGCGGUGACCCCACUGCAGGAUGCUGCGGCUGGAGCCAGGCUGUGAGCUGGUGGCAGCUCUGUGCCAAACUCAGUCCUUGGGGACCAGGCCUCCUGAGGUCUCUGAAUGCAGCUGUGGGUGCCCAGCCACUGGAGUCACACGGGUCACUACAGCUCCGCGACGCCUUCAGAACAGGCUGAAGUCACGAUGCUUUAUUUAUAUCAUAAAAUUAAAUGCAA